AUGAUUGAAAUGGCAUUCUUCCAGGGAGCUUGCAAUGCUACUGAUAAUCUGGAACAGAAUGGCCCGCGGCCUCCGGCCAAUCAGGGGCCGGGGCGGGGACUCACCCGCCAAUCGGGGGCCGGAGGCGGGGUCUCGCCCGCCAAUCAGGGGCCGGGGCCCCCCUCCUGGCCCCGCCUCCUCGCGGUCGUCGUCUUCAUCGUCGUCGUCGUCGUCGUCGUCGUCGUUCUCCUCAGCGGCGCGGCGGGCCGGGAGCCAUGGAACCAGGACCAGGACCAGGACCAGGACCGAAAGCUGGAGCAGGAGAAGCUGUCCGGCCUGGUGAAGAGCGUCCACCGCAGGCUCCGCAGGAAGUACCGGGAAGUGGGAGAUUUUGACAAGAUCUGGCGGGAGCACUGCGAGGAUGAGGAAACUCUCUGCGAAUAUGCCGUGGCGAUGAAAAACCUUGCAGAUAAUCACUGGGCAAGAACAUGUGAAGGGGAAGGUCGCAUUGAAUGGUGCUCCAGUGUAUGCCGGGAAUAUUUUCAAAAUGGUGGAAAGAGGAAAGCCCUGGAGAAAGAUGAAAAAAGAGCAGUGCUUGCUUCUAAAACCUCGCCAGCCUUAAAUGCACAUGGAACGUCCAAAUUUGAAGAUCAUAUAACAAGCUUCAGCUUCGUAAACACGGAAAUCAUAACUCAGGAGUUACUACAGCCUUCUGGAAAGAUCAGACUACUUGAUGUUGGCAGCUGCUUUAAUCCGUUUCUGAAGUUUGAAGAGUUUCUGACUGUGGGCAUAGAUAUUGUGCCUGCUGUUGAGAGUGUGUAUAAAUGUGACUUCUUGAACCUACAGCUUCAGCAACCACUCCAGCUGGCCCAAGAUGCUAUAGAUGCUUUCUUAAAGCAGCUGAAAAACCCCAUCGAUUCUCUUCCCGGAGAGCUUUUUCACGUUGUGGUUUUCUCUCUCCUCCUCUCUUACUUUCCCUCACCUUACCAGCGGUGGAUUUGUUGCAAGAAGGCUCACGAACUUUUAGUCUUGAACGGUUUGUUGCUCAUCAUCACCCCUGACUCCUCCCACCAGAAUCGCCACGCCAUGAUGAUGAAGAGCUGGAAGAUCGCCAUCGAGUCUCUGGGCUUUAAGCGUUUCAAGUAUUCCAAGUUUGCCCACAUGCAUCUAAUGGCCUUUCGGAAAAUUUCUCUGAAAACCACAAGCGACCUGGUUAGCAGGAACUAUCCCGGCAUGCUGUACAUCCCCCAGGAUUUCAACAGCGUGGAGGACGAGGAGUUUUCCAACCCCUCCUGCUACGUCCGGUCCGACCUGGAGGACGAGCAGCUCGCGUACAGUUUCACGGAGUUGCCCGACGCCCCGUACGAUUCGGAUUCGGGGGAGAGCCAGGCCAGCUCCAUCCCUUUCUAUGAGCUAGAAGACCCCAUCCUACUUCUAAGUUAGUACGGCAGCCGAGGCGCCCCUUCCCGUCCCAGACUACGGCCUAAACUAAUUUGGGAUACUAACACGGGCUCAGUACUUAACGACGUGGUUUGCAUAGAAGAAUUGCCAAGGUUUACAGAGUUUGCUAUUUUUUUCUACUUCUGAAUUUUAAAAUUUAUUCUUGUAUAGAAAGCGUAAAGUUCCAUGCAGAACGAUUCCCGUCGUAGCGGAAACAACUGUUACUUUCUCUAGGAUUUGUAGCACUAAAAAAUGUCUCACAGAAAGGUACCGUCUCUUUUUCCUCCCGUGACGUAAAGCGGGAACUGAUACGGAAUAAAAUACGUGUUUUCCCGGAUCUUGUGAAUGUUUCCAGAGCAGGUGAACGUCAGACCCUGAAGCAUUUGUGUAGAAAGCUGUAGAUUGCACUUUGAUUGUUCAGUUUGACGUGGACUAGGAGGUUGGGUUAGGUUUAGUCUUUUGGUAUUUUUGUUGUUGUUGUUAUUGUUGGUUUUUGUCUGGGUUUUUUUUUUUUUAGGAUGCACUUAUCGACGUUUUUGGAACAGAGGCAUUUCUUCUCGCAGAAAGUGUCUUUACCGUCUUGUUCUACGUAUUAGAAACCCCACUGGCGGCCCCAGGUAUUGGGAGACUUUUCUAGAUAAGUAAAAGCAUUUCACUGGGAUUUUUCAUUUUCCCCCGUGGGCAAGUUAGUAGCGUUAUUAAGCACCAAACUGCCCAAAUGGUGGUUCGCUAGAUUCCAGAUUUCUCUGUGGGUGGAAGGAAGCUUGUGUUUUACAUUUUUUCAUUUGGAUCUCUUCUGAUUAAGAAGGACCCGCUUCACUGCUUUCACUUUAGACAAAAACCUCUGUUUUAAGUAAGACUUUUUGAGCCCGUGAGGAGCUGUGAAUUAGUGACAACUUUUGUGAUGGUGGCACCUUUCAGUUUAGGUAAUGCUGCUCUAACUGCAUGUCUGAAAGUUGAUUCCACUUUUGUCACCAGAUAACUUCUCAGAUAUCUUUUUGACAUUGUAGUGUUCUAUUUUUCUAUCUACAUCCUAGCAAAGAAACUCCUCUUUAAGGCUCUAUACGAAAGAGGCUGUGGGAUUUCUUUUUUCUUUUUUGCAUUGACAAAUCGAUUUGCUUCUGAAUCAGAAGCAAAUGAUGAAGAGAAAAUCGGCCCAAGUAAAUGAACAGGACAAGCUAGUUUCAACCACAACAAAAAUGCUUGGGCCGCAUUAUCUUGUUGGCGUCAGCCAGAAGUUAUCAGAUAAACUGUCAGUUUUCAGAAUGCCACUGUGUGGGUUUUUUUUUUUUUUUCAAAUGGUUAUUACAUGAAAAAUACCUCAUACUGAGGUUUUGCACUGAAAUCUCACCAUUUCAGACUUCAUGAUUGCUUGUUCGAAACUGCAUUUUCAACAGUCGAUCCUACGUUUCAUGAACUGCCCUUCUGUACUCUCAGAAAUGAACUGAUGUUUUUGUGCUUAUUGUGAAUUGCUGUAGUUAACAAUGAAUGUCCAAAUUUAUAUAGAGAAACAAGUUAUCUUUUUAAAAUGUAAGCACUUGAGUGCUUACGCCCAGCAUUUCCAAUUAAACUUAACACGGUAAGUGACAGAGACUACCCAGAUUUUUAAUUAACCUAAAGUCAUUUUGCUGAAUGAGAUGUAUAGUCAUGGUUGAAGUAGGUCAGGUUUAGCUUUCAUUUUCAAUAGCCUGAGGUUUCCCAAAUUCGUUUUUGUUGUUGUUGUCCCCCAGUUAAAUACUGCUGGGCCUUGUUUUCUUUAGCCAAGAAAAAAAAAGCUGUAUUUAGGGAAGUGGUAUAAUAUCGUGAAGGUAUUCCACCCUGCCAGACGGCACAUUUCUUUGAGUUUGGCUAAAUUUGGCCCGAGAGCAAAGAGAGCCCAGCGGCAGGUCUUAAGGGUGUCGAACAUCGGUAGCGGUACAGUGCUUUUUAUGGCUACUGUAAGCAUGCCCUUGGAGUCAGCCGUUUUCCCAGCUAAAGUGCGGGUGCUAGAAAUUCUUUUGGAUUGUUUACAGAUAUCUCUGAGUCUGCUUGUGCUCCAAAGUGUGCAUGAUGUAUUUUAAUUAUUACUUUAAAAAAAAAAAACAACUCCACAAAGGCUACGACCACCUCGUGUAAAUGUAUUUGAAUCCAUGGAAUCAUUUGUUACUCUCACUUCAACCGGGGAUGGCGAAGGAUCCGGAACAAUUCUUGCUCCACUGCAGCAGGUGAAACGUCGGUGUGAGGCGGUGAGACGGUGGAGGAGCCUUUGGUGGAGAGCAGUGUUAGCCCCCCUAAAAAAUCCCCCCGCCAUCCCAUCCUACCCAGGUUCUUCCCGAAAUUAUUCUGGUUGCAGGGCCCCGUCUCCGUCCAGGCCCACCCGUGGCGGGAUCGUCUAGAAAAGAAUCGUUUGGGAGCUCCAGAAUGAAGCGAUGGUCUCUAGGUUGGAUCCUCUGGGAUCGUGGCUAGUUCUGGUGUGGGAAAGGCACGGUUGCCAAGGGAUGUAAGGUAGCACACCAGAAAAUGUACGUUUGAGUCAUGUUGUCUUUAUUUCACUAUUUUUUGUGAACAAAGCACAUUUAUUAAAAAAAAAAU